UCUCGCUGAGUUUUGUGCUUUGUUUGAGAGCAGUAUUAUGGAUACAGUGUGCGGAGGAGCAAGCAAGACCCAAGUCGCGACGCCAGAGAUCCAGCAACUCUGUGAUAAGGUGAAGCAUGAUGCUUUGAAGCAGGCAGGGGUGACAUUUAAGAUGUUUGUUGCCAAGUCAUUCAUCUCCCAGGUUGUGGCAGGAACCAACUACUUCAUCAAGGCGCAGGUCGGAGAUCAUGACUUUGUUCACCUGAAAGUGUUUCAGUCUCUCCCGUGUUAUGGACAUAAAGUGGAACUAAUUGCAAUACAGACCAAAAAGACCUUAGAUGACACCAUCACCAUGUUCUGACACACACACACACAGGCACACGUGUGCAGUGCUGUCCUGUCUCAUGAAACCCCUGACAGCACUGGACCACUGAUG